CUUUGCUUUACUUCUUGGAGUGCUAAAUAUCUGCCCCCCUUUGCUCAACAAAUAUUCUUUUCCCCCCUCCUUAAGUAAAAUUCUCUCUCCCUCACACACUUAACUGAAGCGCGGGGGAAAUGGGGAGAAGAAAGCUCGAGAUCAAGCGAAUCGAGGACAAUAAUGCGCGCCAGAUGUCCUUCACCAAGCGAAGAAACGGAUUGCUCAAGAAGGCCAAGGAAUUGGCCGUUCUCUGCGACGUCGAUGUCGCCGCCAUUGUUGUCUCCAGUAGAGGCAAGCUAUACCAAUAUUCUAGCAACAACAACUUGACAGAGAUCCUACAACGACAUCAAAAUCAGGUUGAAAUAGAAAGUGCCUCGAAUGGAGUUGUUGAAACUCAGGAACAUAAUAAUAAAUAUGCAGAUGCACUCUCAAACACAGAGCUCCUACAAAUUGUCGAUAAGGAACUUGGAGGAGAUCAAUGUGGCGAGCAGCUCAGUGUGAUUGACCUCAUAAAUCUGGAGAAACAAUUUCAGGAAGCACUUAUCCAAACCAGAUCGACUAAGACGCAUUUACUACUUGAUUCUAUAUCAAGCCUCCAUGAAAAGGAAAAGAUGCUGGGAGAAGAGAAAAAAGGUCUGGAGGAGAAGAUUGCUGAAAGCAACACCAGUGGGAGGAGAGAUAAAAUGACAUUGGACCUCAACUUCCUAGCCGAGUGUCAUAUCAUGGACUAGCAUAUGGCUCAACUGUCCCAGGAUUUUCGGAUGUGAUACAUAUGGACAAUAUAACAACUCAAACUGAGAAAACCUACAAAUUAUUGCUAUCGCAAUAUCUAUGUCUAUAAUAUGACAUCGACACCGUUGCUGUGUGCUGUAAGCAGUGUAAGCCAUGUUCUAUAUUCUAGCUUUUGUACCACUCUUACCCAAAGCAUGGUUGUCUUGUUAUAAUAAGCAGUGCUCUACAUAUGCUCUGCCUUCUAUGCCUAA